UUGAAUUUUCGCCGAGCACGGUCACACUUACGCCGGUCACCGCAUUUUUUGGUCUGUUUAAAGUUGGGGAGUGCAGAUUUAAAAUGAGUUAUUACGUCUGCCUGCACCAGGAGGGAGUCAGCAGCAUUCCCAAGCUGAUCGAAAAGGCCUAUGCGAACAACUACAAUGUGGUGGCCACCUCGAUCAACGCCAACAUGGUGCCAUUCGAACCGGACGAGGCGGAUCCCACAUAUCCGGCAACAAUUCUGAGUGCCAUCGAUUGGAACUCCAAGGUGAUAUUUACCCUCUCCGACGUGGACGUGGACUCUCCGAAUGCCAAACUGCGCCAGCACGCAAAGGAAGUUCUUCUGCGGGAUGUAGCCUGGGCGGAGCACCUGCAGAACAUGGGCAGUGUGAUGGUGCGACUACGCGGGCCGGAAAACGAGAAUCUAGCUGCGAUUGUAAGGGCUAAAACGAAGGAAUACUUCCCUCUAGGCAACUGGUUCAUUCAAGUGCCUAUCACCAAUCCCGAGCUGGCCACCUUCGAGCACCGCAAAGAUGCCACCGCGGAGGAAGUGGCUCAGGCAGAAUCGAAUGACCCAUGGAAUUGGUGGAACAAUCUGCGUUUUGCUGUUAAGCAGAGCACCAAAGUAAAGGUUGUUGUCGAGCUAAAUGACUCAGAUCGACCCAGCAAGGAGACAGUCCGUCGUUGGCUUGGUGAACCAAUCGAAGCCAUAAUCAUUCCAUCUUCUCUAUUUGUGAGAAAUCGCUCCAACUACUGUGUGCUGAAGAAGGAGUGGCAGGUCAUCAUUGGGCAUUUUAUCUCGGUGCGGGCCAACAUCAUCAUCUCCACGAAUCCCAACGACAAGGCCUUGUCUCAGUAUGCGGAUUACCUGAAGAAGCUAAUCAACGAGAACUGCGACACUCACGUGCUUAACAGCUAUGAGAACAUGCUGGAGAUUCCGCUGCAGCCCCUCUGCGAUAAUCUAGAUAGUUAUACUUAUGAGGUUUUUGAAACGGAUCCUGUCAAGUAUAAGCUGUACCAGGACGCCGUUCAGGCGGCAUUGUUGGAUCGAGUGAGCGAUGAAGAGGCAAAAAGCAAAUUGACAGUUGUCAUGUUGCUAGGAGGAGGUCGUGGUCCUUUAGCGAGGGCUGUUUUUAACGCAGCAGAGUUGACUAACCGUCAAGUUCGUCUAUAUAUCAUAGAAAAGAAUCCCAAUGCCAUCCGCACACUUUCUAACAUGGUUAAAACCCUCUGGGCCAACAAGGAUGUUCACAUUUUCUCCAAGGACAUGCGUGACUUCUCGCCUCCCGAGUUGGCUGACAUUAUGGUUUCCGAGUUACUUGGUUCCUUUGGUGAUAAUGAGCUUUCGCCCGAGUGCCUCGAUGGAGCUCUGAAACUGCUAAAGCCGGAUGGUAUCAGUAUACCCUACAAAUCUACCUCAUACAUUAAUCCACUGAUGUCAGCGGUGCUGCACCAGAACGUCUGCCAAUUGCUAUCCACUGUGCCUGCCUUCGACUACGGCUACGUAUCGCUUCUAAAGAAUAUCUAUUAUAUUGAUGAGCCACAGGCUUUGUUCGAGUUUACGCAUCCUAAUCGAGAAGAGAAGAUAGACAAUACUCGCUGCAAGGUGCUCUCAUUCACAGUUAAAAAGGAUUGCGUGCUGCACGGGAUCGGCGGAUAUUUCGAUACUCAUUUGUAUAAGGAUAUUUGUCUUAGCAUCAACCCACUGACCCACACGCCGGGCAUGUUCUCAUGGUUCCCCAUGUUCUUCCCAACCCGUCCACGGACUGUUAAGGAAGGAGAUACUGUUUCUAUUAAGUUCUGGCGCUGUGUGGAUGCAACGAAAGUGUGGUACGAAUGGCAGGUGGUAAACUCUCCCGAUGAUUGGGAGCAUCACAACAUUUGCGGCUCUGGCUACAACAUGCGACUGUAGCCCCAACAAAGCAAUACCAUGUAGCCAAAAUAUCAAUACUUUUUUUUAAACUGGAAAUAGAAUCAAACCGAAGCGACCUUAA